AAUAAAAAAGUGCAUACAUUACUUGCAUUACAUGGCUUCUAAAGUUGCCAUAGCGACGGCCUCGCAAAUUCAAAACACAACACGUGGGAGUCGUUCUGAUGAGUUGACGGUCCGAGAGACGAAUAUUUGCCGACAUUAAUUUAAACAAAGACAAUGAGUACGUUUAUAUAUAACAUGCAAAUAAAAGAUGGGGAGUACACGAAAGUGAUAUACACAAUGAUAAAAGAACAACGCUAUGCCGAGACUGUACAAUUGUUGACAGUGCUUUUAGACUCCUACUCCUCGUCGAGGCCUUGCCUGUCCCUGCUGGCCUUCUGUUACUUUUACACUCAAGAAUUCUUGGCUGCAGCCAAUUGCUACGAGAAAUUGAUAAAUAUGUGUCCCGAUGAGCCGAUUUAUAAAUUGUACCAGGCCCAAGCCCUCCACCAGGCUUGCCUGUACCCAGAAGCUUGGUCCGUUUGCGCGAGCAUCGCCAAUAAUCCCAGUCUCGAGGUGAGGGUCAAGAAACUCCAAGCUGCCAUCAAAUACGGCGAAGAAGACACCGUAGCUGCGAAAAGUUACGUCGACCAGUGUCCUCCCGAUGAUAUCGAUACAGAAAUUAAUUUCGGAUGUCUGAUGUACCAGGAGAACGAAUACGAACAGGCUUUGAAGAAAUUUUCCAAUGCCUUGCAGAUCACGGGUUUUCGACCUCACUUGUCUUACAACGUAGCUUUGUGUUACUACAGGCUAAAGCAAUAUACAUCAGCCUUAAAGCAUAUUGCGUACAUAAUUGAGCAAGGAAUCAAAGAACAUCCCGAGCUGAAUGUCGGUAUGAAUACAGAAGGGAUAGAAGUGACAAGCGUGGGAAAUACACUGACUCUUCAUGAAACAGCUUUGACAGAAGCUUUUAAUUUGAAAGCUGCGAUUGAAUUCGAGCUAAAAAAUUAUGAGGCUGCAAAAGAUGCACUGACGGAUAUGCCUCCACGGUCGGAAGAGGAAUUGGACGCUGUGACUUUGCAUAAUCAAGCUUUGAUUAAUAUGGAUACAAAGCCAAAUGAGGGAUUUGAAAAGUUACACUUUUUACUGAAACAAAAUCCUUUUCCUCCCGAGACAUUUGCAAACAUCUUGUUGUUGUACUGCAAGUAUCAGUAUUACGACGUAGCGGCAGAUAUUCUAGCGGAAAAUGUGCAUCUAACUUACAAGUACUUGAGUCCCUAUCUCUACGAUUUCCUGGACGCCCUGAUAACUCAGCAAACAGCGCCGGAGGACGCGUACCGCAAGUUCGACGAGCUCGCGAACAAGCACACCGAGAUCUUGCGAAAAACGACGAAGCAGCUGCAGGAGGCGCGACUGAAUCACGACGAGGGCGCGGCGAAAAAGGCGAUCAAGGAUUACGACGAGGCCCUCGAGCGCUACGUCCCGGUGCUGAUGGCCCAGGCAAAAAUAUUCUGGGACCUGGGCAAUUACGCACAAGUCGAGAAGAUAUUCAAAAAGAGUGUCGAGUUUUGCAACGAGCACGAGGUCUGGAAGCUCAACGUUGCCCACACCGUUUUCAUGCAGGAGAACAAGUUCCGGGACGCGGUUGGAUUUUACGAGCCAAUUGUCAAAAAGAAAUACGACAAUCUCCUGGACGUGAGCGCGAUAGUUUUGGCGAACCUGUGCGUGAGUUACAUAAUGACGUCGCAGAACAGCGAGGCCGAGCAGCUAAUGAAGAAGAUCGAAAAGGAGGAGGACAGCGUUUUCGGGGAGGAGCAGGACAAGAAGCUUUUCCACCUGUGCAUCGUCAACCUGGUGAUUGGUACGCUCUACUGCGCCAAGGGUAACUACGAGUUUGGGAUAUCGCGCGUUAUGAAGAGCCUCGAGCCGUACAGCAAAAAACUCGGCACCGACACCUGGUACUACGCGAAACGAUGCUUCCUCUCGCUCCUCGAGCAAUUGACAAAGCAACUGGUUGUACUCAACGACAACACGCUGCAGGAUUGCAUUCAAUUCUUCGAGCACUGCGAACUUUACGGAAGAGAAAUACCAACUGUUUUGGAGUCGACGUUGGACGCGUCGGAGAUAUCAUCCGUGCCCACGAUCAAACCCAAGGAGACUGUCACUUAUGAGGCUAGAUACUUGAAGGCUUUGUUUUUGAAAUAUCAAAUGUCCUAAUGUACAUACAUUAUUUUUAAUCUGGAUUUAUUUAUUCUUACCUCAUGUCACUGUUAUUGUAAGGUCACACUGUUUAUUUAUAUCUAGCGUAUAUAUACAUAUUUUUUCAUGCGAUCACCUGUUGUUGUUGCCAAGCGAUCUUUUUAAUUAAUUGUUGUAUCU